ACUGGGUCCAGUCUAACAAAGAAGAAUCACCAUCCGUCAGAGGCCGAUUAAUUCACACGUAUUUUAUCCUUUAAAUUGUCCGUAAUUAUCAUCCAUUAAACAUGAAUGAAGUUGAAGAAUGUCUGAAGAGGAUCUCGUCCCACAAGGGAGUGAUUGGAAUUAUUGUUGUCAAUAUGGAAGGUAUACCGGUGAGGACCACGCUGGAUAAUUCCACCACAGUGCAAUACGCUGGGCUGAUACACCAGCUGACGGCCAAGGCUCGUAGCGUGGUCCGCGACAUUGACCCUCAGAAUGACCUGACCUUUCUGCGCAUUCGGACACGGAAGCAUGAAGUCAUAGUUGCGCCCGAAAAGGAGUAUCUACUGAUAACGAUCCAAAGUUCCACGGACUGAUUCACAGAAUGAUCGACGCUGGUUCACAGUCGAUAAUUGUACAGCUUACUUCAAUUCUGCUUGUAAAUAUGAACAACGAUCGUCCUUAAGAAAUUCCCAACAAUAAUUAGACAUUCUACUCAUAGUCAUGACUCUCAAAUGUAACACUCUAUGUAUGCUCGCUCUCAAAAAAA